ACUCACUGUUCAUUUCUGUUUGUUAUUUAAAUGCCCCUCGUCACCAACGCAUUUCCUGCCCUUGACAACAUUCGACGUAAAUCAACAACCCGAAGUCUCAGAUAGUUGCUCGACUUCGAUCUUCGAUACCAAAACAUAACAAAUCAGAUACCAUUUUACCCUACAUAUACCAGAAAAUCACCUAGUUUUCAGCCAACAUGCCUAAGAAUAAGGGAAAGGGAGGUAAGAAUCGUCGUCGUGGAAAGAACGAGAACGACAACGAGAAGCGCGAGUUAACCUUCAAGGAGGAGGGACAAGAAUACGCCCAGGUAGUCAAGAUGCUUGGCAACGGUCGUCUCGAGGCGCAGUGCUUUGACGGCGCAAAGCGACUGGCACAUAUCCGUGGCAAACUACGCAAGAAGGUCUGGAUCAACAACGGUGACAUCAUCCUGCUCUCCCUACGAGACUACCAGGACGAGAAAGGCGACGUCAUCCUCAAGUACUCAGCGGAUGAGGCUCGUUCCCUCAAGGCCUAUGGCGAACUACCCGAGAGCGCCAAGAUCAACGAGACAGAUACCUACGGUCCCAACGACGAGGGCGAGUGCGGCUUCGAGUUCGACGAGGACCGCGAUUCCGAAUCCGAGGAAGCAGGUGCUGGCGGCAAGGAGGUCGACAUCGACGACAUCUAGUUCUCCCUUCCUACUUGGAUGGGCAAGUAUCACUCACCUGGUCUUCUCGUUCCGCUACGCCCUACAACCUAUCUCAUAGCAACUUCAAGACCAGAGGAAAAGCCUGUCUUCUCUCUCAAAUCCGGAUCGUACUUACUACCAUGUGGUCUGGGUUCCACGACAGUC